AAGAUAUCUUAAUUUUAUCUAUACGAUUAUUCAGGUGUCAUUAACUUACAUAUGUGUAAAUCAAAUAUUUGACCUUAUUUUUUAUUACGACAUGAAUCAAUUCCUUUUGUUAUUUUUGCUAGCAUAUGUCAGUAAGCUCUUAUUUUUACUAAAUAUUUCGUUCUUGAGGCAAAAUUCGCAGUUAAAUCGACGAAAUCAGAGAAUUAAUAUCAGAAUCAUUAUAAUUUUAUGCUUGAAUAAAAUUUCCAUAUAAGAUUCUUUACUAGCCAAAGCUCAAUAAAUAAGAUCAAUAAUGUCUGCAAAUAUGGUUGUACUGAGACUCUGGAGAAAAAAUAAUCCUAUGACUUUGUGGAAGAUACAUGAUAUUUCCCGAAUUCAGAGAACAAUCUGUGUCUCCACACAACAAAGAUUUCUCCUUAGUGAGAAGAAAUCAGCAACAGCAGCAGCAACAAUCAUGACAACAAAUAAGAAAUUAAAUUGGAAUAAAGCUAUUUCAGAAGCAGAAAAAAUUGUUGGAUAUCCAACAUCUUUUUUAAGUUUAAAAUGGCUAUUAAGCGAUGAAAUUGCAAAUAUUGCUUUACAUUUGAGAAAGUUAGUUGGAUCUAAUCAUCCUUUGCUAAAAACAGCUAAAAAUAUUAUUUUUAGUGGACAUAACAAUGUACAAGCAUUUGGUCUUGUUGUACUAUUAAUAUCUAAAGCUGCUGGCCAUCUAAAUGUAAAUCAUAUAGAAGAAGACAAAUCAGCAGGUGUAUUACAUAGCCAAAGAACAUUGGCUGGAAUUAUAGAGAUGAUACGCAUUAGUAGUUUGAUACAUAGGGGACUGGUAAAUAUAAAUGUAGAUGGAUCAUUGGGAGCUUCAGAAAUGGACAAUAUGUUAUUUGGUAAUAAAAUAGCUUUGUUAAGUGGUGAUUAUUUCCUUGGCAGUAGUUGUGUUGAAUGUGCAACUCUUAAAAAUCAGGAUGUUCUGUUUUUAAUAGCUUCUAUAGUGGCAGAAUUGGCUCAAGCAGAAUUUAUAGCACGCAGAGAUAGUCAGAAUAAUCCUAUACCAUCGAUACCACCUAAAGAUCGUACAGGCUAUGCAUUGAAAGAAUGGGAACUUUUAAAUAUUUAUGAUGCUGGGUCGUUACUUGGAAAUAGUUGCCAAGGUACAUUGAGAUUAGCUGGACAUAAUAAUGAAAUACAGCAGGAAGGUCGCAAAUUUGGUCAGCACCUUUCUUUAGCUUGGCAGGCUUACUUAGAUUUAGUCUUAUGCACUAACAAAGACAAAGCGAUUUUGUAUAAUUUGUGCGCUGCACCAAUUAUGUUUCAUGUGGAACAUGAUCCAUCAAUCUUAGCAGAACUUGAAAAAGGACUUAAAUCAGUUGAAAAUGUCGACUAUUUGAAGGUGCUUGAAAUUGUAACAGCUGGUCCAGGCAUUGAAUUAACCAAAGAGCUUAUAAAGGAGCAUUCACAAAAAGCAAUGGAAAUUUUAAACAUAUUUGAAGAAAAUGAUGCCAGGAAAGCAUUAUCUAAUAUUAUUGCGACCAUAGGUGAUUUUUAGCGAAAAAUUAAUUUUUCUGUUACGUUUGUCUUACGACUCGAGGUCAUACUUCAUAUAUACGUCAUAUAUUUUUAUAUGUUAACCAAAAUAUCAUACAGAAAAAUUAUCUGAGAUAAACUCAUACAGAAUCAGAAGAUUUGAGGCUUUCACGGCCAUUGAUACAAUGUCUAGGUAUAGCUUCCGGAAUGGAGCCGU